AUGCUCAGCAAGUAUCAGCUACCAGGCCACCUCGCACUGGCUCGUACUCAUUGGGAAGACCUUAAUCGAGCGAUCGAAUGUGGGGAGAUUAUAAUCGAUGGAAAAGGACUCACCAUUGGUGGUGUAGUUGCUGUGUCGAAACAUGGCUGUCAGCCGCAUUUGUCCAACGAUAGCAAUAUAAUCGAGAUGAUUAAUGAAAGUGUGACAGCCUUAGAUGAAUGCCUCGCCAAUGGGCACCAUAUCUACGGGGUAAACACUGGAUUCGGGGGCAGCGCUGAUUCACGAACAAACCACCUGCAUGCACUACAGAAAUCUCUCCUGCAGCUUCUUCAGAGUGGAAUUUUGGCAGGUGCAGACACCGGCAGCAGCAGCGGCAGCGGUAGCUCUGCAUUCAUGAGUCAUUCGAUGCCAACAGAGUGGGUUAGGGCAACCAUGAUAGUUCGGUGCAAUUCCGUAUCUAGGGGGCAUUCGGCAGUAUCCAGGGCCUCCAUUGAAGCCAUACUGAAGCUUAUUCGGGAGGAUGUAACACCCGUGAUACCUCUUCGAGGAACUAUCUCGGCAUCAGGGGAUUUGAUGCCGCUCGCCUAUAUCGCUGGGGUCAUCGAAGGCAGUCCAGGAAUAUUUGUACGCGGAAAAUCGCCCAAGGCUCAACCGGUCACUGCUGAGCAAGAGCUAGACAGGCUUAGUAUCCCGAGAAUCACUCUCGGGCCCAAGGAGGGUCUAGGCUUAGUCAACGGAACUGCUGCUUCCGCAGCUCUAGCCAGUCUUGUCUUAUACGAUGCGCACCAGCUUGCCCUCCUUUCUCAGGUGGUGACGGCUCUCACAGUCGAGGCUCUCUGUGGUACCACUGAGAGCUUUCACCCGUUCCUAAGCGAUGUCCGCCCGCACGAGGGUCAGAUCGAGACUGCCGCAAAUAUCCUUUCUGCACUUCAGGAAUCCCGGCUUGCAAGAGGACCCAGUGGAUCCCAUGAAGCCGCAGGACUCGUCCAGGAUAGAUAUGCCCUUAGAACGGCCAGUCAAUGGAUCGGUCCUCAACUGGAAGACCUUGCUCUUGCCGAUCGUCAAGUUAGUAUAGAGCUUAAUUCUACCACGGACAACCCCCUUAUUGAUAGUGCGACGCGAACCUUUUAUUGCGGAGGGAAUUUUCAAGCAACAUCGGUCACCUCUGCAAUGGAGAAGACCCGCUUAGUACUGCAGAUGUUUGGGAAGCUCAUUUUCGCACAGUGCAAUGAAAUGAUUGAUCCAGAUCUGAACAACGGCCUGCCGACCAACUUGGUCGCAGAUGAUCCGAGCCUGUCUUUUACCAUGAAAGGAGUUGAUAUUAACAUGGCUUCUUACAUGUCGGAGCUGGCAUAUAUUGCCAACCCCAUCAGCACACAUGUACAGACGGCCGAGAUGCAUAAUCAAGCUGUGAACUCACUUGCUUUUCUAUCAGCCCGCUACACCAUGCAAGCAGUCGACCUGGUAUCCAUGAUGGGGGCAUGUUCCAUUUACGUUGCGUGUCAGGCUCUGGACCUACGCGUCCUACAGCUCAAUUUUUUUCACGAUACUCAAUCCGUCCUAGCCUCGACCAUCAGACAGGUGUUUGAGGAUAUUCUUCGUCCACACGCCCAAGAAAAAUUGUCUCGUGGACUGGCCAAAGUGAUCCAGAGUGCCUGGUCAUCGACCUCCCGAAUGGACAUCCGUGAUCGUUGCCGGUGUGUUGUUGACAAGUCUCUGCCGACGAUCCUCGAUGAGAUAGCGUCAAUUCAAUUAUCUGACUGUGGUUGUAUGACAAGGAACGUCCUGAAGGAUAUCAAUCAAUGGAAAGAAGCCACGGCCUCGAAGCUAGAAUCUGCCUACAAACAGGCAAUAGACCGGUUUUGUAAGACCCAAAAUACCCCCGACUACUUAGGGGUCGGAUCAAAAGCCAUAUACCUCGCUGUUCGCCAUCAGCUCGGCAUUCCCUUCCACCAGGGGUUUACUGAGCAUCCGUCAGCAGACAUGCCGGACAAAAUCAACGGAAGGGCCAAAAAGACCAUUGGAUCAUGGAUAUCAAUUAUUUAUGAGGCCUUGCGGGAUCAUAGCCUGAGUGGUGUUAUACUGGAUGCACUAAAGCCUUGCGAUUAG